AAUGAAAAGUCAAUGGGAUAAUCACACACACAGGUGUAGGUAACCAUACUCAGGUGUAGAUAAAUCAUCAGGCAUGGGGUAGUCUUUAUAAGGGUGGUUAAAAGGUCACAACUUUGUGGGUUUGUUCGUGAGGAGUUUGAACAGUGAUCAGCAAGAGAGAAAUAUACAGAGUGCAAGAAAGAGUAAGUAGUGAUUAUAAGUGGUGGUUGUGACAGUGAAGUGUGCUUAUCUGUGUUCUAGAGAGGGUUGUAUUGUAGGUUUGUGUGUAUUGUGUGCUAGUGUGUUGUUGUGUCUGUGAGGAUAGGUAGGAGUAGCGAGGAGUAGCAAAGAGUAGGUAGGGAGGAGUAGGAGAGAUAGGGACAGAGUGAACCAAAAAUGGAUCCCAGCAUUGUUAAAGAGGUGCUGGAGUUGAAACUCCACAAUCAGUAUCCUGAGGGGUCAACCAGCCGAGACGAAUUUGUCAUCAAAAGGAGAGCUGACACCUUCAGGAUAAAGGAUGGAGACCUCUACUACAUCUGUCGGCGAAAGAAGAACAAAGCUGAGCACCUUGCCAAAGUGGUCUCCAUUGCAGAUGAAGCAAGUCAGAUCAUCGAGGAGUUUCACACCAGCGAUUUAGGUGGGCACUGUGGGGUGGAAAAAACCCAGUGCCAUAAUUGCCCGCUAUUAUUGGCCUGGCAUGGAGGAUGACAUUCGCCUGUGGAUUGCUCAGUGUCCCCAGUGCCAGGCCAGGAGAGCUAACAUUAAGGAAAAGCGGGAGUAAAAUCCAAUAGAGGUAACCGAGCUUCUCGAACUGGUUGGAAUGGACUUGGCUGCUAACAGACCAAGGCUCAGAAUUUCGCAACAAGGUCAACUACGGUCUGUGUGAGAGGCUGGGCAUCAAGAGGAACCUGUGCUCCCCUUACCAUCCACAGACCAAUGGCCUUGUGGAAUAGCUGAAUGGAACGAUACAGAGGUCCCUGAACAAACUGGUGGCUGAGCACCCCAACCGUUGGGACCAGUAUCUCCAGCCAACCAUGUUUGCCCUGAGGACCAAGAAGCAGCUGACUACACAAUACAGCCCUUAUUACCUGAUGUUUGGGAGGGAGGCCAGGUAUCCCUCAGAGGUCCCAAAUGAGCAUGAAGUGACCGAAGAGAAGGUCUGCAACCUCAUAAAGACAGAGGAGAUCUGCCAGGGACUACGAGAUCAGGCCACAAUCUACAAAGAGGUAAAAGCCAAUAUCGAGGCCAAACAACAAAAGGUCCGCAAGAGGAAGGAGGACAGAGGUCAGGCAGACAAUUUUAAAGUGGGGGACCUUGUUCUGAAGAAAAAUGCGCGGCAGGCCAUGAGAAAAGGGGACAAAUUGGAGGCCAGCUUGGUGGGACCUUUCAAAAUAUCAAAGCUGGAGGAGAACACUGCUCACCUGGUGUCAGAGAGGGGGAAACAAUCAAGAGUCAACACUGACCAUUUGACUCAUUACUUCCAGCCAGAGGAGAGGAUCCCUGCCAAAAUCAAAAAAUUGUCUGAUCCUACUCCUCUGGCUGGUUCCCGCAUUGACCCACCCACCACAUCAGUCACACCCCCAGCAAGGCAAACCACGAGCUGCGAAGCCCAAGGACCUCCACUCAGUGCAGAUAUUUUAAUCAGAGACGUAUGGGCAGGAAGGCGAAGAACCACACUCUGGUCAAGGCUGGGGCCAUAUAAAUUAUAUAUGGAGGACCUCUUGUACCUGGCCCCAGGAAAGGAGUUGGAAAGUCAGCUUGCAGAGCAGAUUUUGCUUGCCCAGCAGAUCCACUAUGCAGUGGACCAGGAGGGUGUGGCCAUGCUAAGGAUGGACAUGGCUAAAGCCCUGCUGGCAAAUACAGGAAACUUCCCGUGAUCUUUUCGAUGGACAAAGAGGAACAAAUUGAGACCCUCCGUGACCUGCAAAGCUAGGAAAGUGACCAUGGUGACGACAAUUCUCCAGCAGAACAUUUCACUUUUGUUUUUGAGAAAAGAAAGGACUAUGGAGGAGUUCUGCACAAAACUCAUGGAUGAAAACAGUUAAAGUUUUUGUCUAA